AUGUUUGCGAACAUUGGACUUAGGACUUUAAGGACUUCCAGGGGUCCUAUAUAUGGGUCUUGCAGCCAAAUCAUCAACUUUUCCAAGAGAACCUUCUAUUCGAGUGCCAAGAAUGGCUACCAAUCGAACAACAGUCAUGGUGAUACUUAUAGUUCCAAUGCACACACAGGACCAUUUACCUACAAGACCGCCGUAGCUUUCCAACCCAAGGAUAGAGACGAUCAGAUAUACCAAAAGUUAAAAGAUUCUAUUAAAUCGCCUACGGGGGAAGACAAUUAUUUUGCUACAUCAAACAACAUCCAUGACAUUUUUGCUGGCGUUGCAGACGGUGUUGGAGGAUGGGCUGAACAUGGAUAUGAUUCUAGUGCCAUUUCAAGAGAACUAUGCAGAAAAAUGGAUGAAAUAAGUACAGCUUUAGCAGAUAUGUCAUCUAAGGAACCACUCUUAACGCCCAAAAAAAUCAUUGACGCUGCUUAUUCAAAAGUUAAGGAUGAGAAGGUGGUGAAAGUAGGCGGAACAACUGCCAUAAUGGCCCACUUCCCAUCAAAUGGUAAGUUGCAAGUUGCUAAUUUGGGUGAUUCCUGGUGCGGUGUCUUUAGAAGUUCGAAGCUUGUGUUCCAAACAGAGUUCCAAACCGUUGGGUUUAAUGCACCCUACCAGUUGUCGAUCAUACCAGAAGAAAUGUUGAAAGAAGCUGAAAGAAGGGGUAGCAAAUAUAUUCUGAAUACUCCCGCUGACGCUGAUGAAUAUAGCUUCCAAUUGAACAAAAAUGAUAUUGUUAUCUUAGCUACCGACGGUGUAACUGAUAACAUUGCCGCGGAUGAUAUUGAGCUUUUUUUGAAAGAUAACUCUGCCAGAACAAAGGAUGAAUUACAGCUGUUAUCACAGGAAUUCGUGAAAAACGUAGUUCGUUUAAGCAAAGACCCUAAUUAUCCUAGUGUUUUUUCUCAGGAGAUUUCUAAACUAACCGGUAAAAACUACAGCGGCGGGAAGGAAGACGACAUAACAGUGGUUUUUAUAAGAGUUGACUAG